UGCAUCUAAUGGCGGAAUUCCUUCUUCGUCGUAUCGGUCCCGAUUAGCAGAUUUUUUCAAGUUUUAUUCGCGCAUUUGGAGUCGUUCCGCUGCUUAAAAUCUGUUCCUUGAGGUCCGCUACAAUUCCCAGAAAUGCUUCCGGGUCGUGAGUGAGUCAAAGCGGUGCGUGUCGGUAAAAAUAAAAUCUAGUCCCCGAAGAAGGGCUGAGCGUGAGUGCAGUGUUGCUGCAGCAGUGGAGGCGCGAUGGAAGUGCAAAACAGCAAAAAGCGCCUCCCGGGGACACCGUCGGCGGAGGACGACCUGGACGCUUCCGGGUCCAAGCGGCUGGAGAAAUCCCUUGCCAUGAUGACCGUGAAUGUGGUGGAUCUCCUGAAAAAAGCACCGAAAGGCAUCCUAAACCUGGGCGAGGCCACCAAAAUAUUGGAGGUCCGCCAGAAACGGCGAAUCUACGAUGUGACUAACGUGCUGGAGGGCAUCGGAUUGAUCGAAAAAUACGGCAAAAACAGCGUCAAGUGGCGCGGGGAUUCUUUAACUCCUGAUCCACGGGAUGUAACGCGAAAAAUGCGUUUGCUGAAGCAUGACCGGAGUGCGCUCCUUCAGUUUGAAGCCGGUAUAGAUAAGCGGAUAAAAAUUAUCCAGCAGUGUACGGAUAUUAUCCGUACCAAUGAAUCGUCUGCAUCCUACGCGUAUGUCACAAGCGAAGACAUUACGGACGUUUUUGGGGAACAAACUACAAACAUUCUCGUCAGGAAAUCCGAUGAAUCAAAUGAAUCUACGUCAAUCGACAAAAACUCCAAAACACUUCGCAUUUCAUCAGGCAAACUAGGGCUGCCUUUGGAUGUGAGAUUACUUCGCGAGCCGAAUGGAGCCUGCUUCAGUAGGCCGAUGAGGAGGGCCAACAUCCGGCGUACUCAGAACAAGCAUCCGUACAGACGGCUUGAAGCCUGCAGGCGGGACGAGAAAAGUGCAAUGAAUGUCUGCUACGAGCCGGACUCAAAUUCGGAGCGAAUAGCGCCGACGGAUGAUUCCGAUGAACAGGAACGUUUGGAGCUGCAGCUGGACGCAAAUAUGCUUUUUGGAAAUGAUCUCACUAGAUUAAGCCGGUUUCAUACGCAAACCUUACACCAAGGUAACCAAACUGGUGAUGUCGAUUCACCCUUUAUUGCGCUGAAUCCCCCCGAAAGCUGCAGCUACACUUUCUGCUUAGCGGCCAACGAAGGUGUACCUGAACUGUUCGAUCUAUCAUGUCCGUCCUCAAGCGGUGCCAAGUAGCCUAGUCAGAGAGUUCCAGCAGCGAAAAGCACCGAGGUAAACCAAAAACACCCGUUUGAAACGUGAAAAAGAAAAUCCGUUAGAUGUAAAUCAAUUUUCUGUUUAGGUGUAAUUGUUGUAGAUGUAAUUGUGAAAGUCAAAAUUUUCUUCCACCGAAAAUGCAAAAACUCCAUGUUUAGAUUAAGCUAAUUUAUGUAUUAAGCGCCGUCCAUGAAUUGCGAUGCGUAAUCAAAGCGCAUGAGAAUAUAUUUUAGAAAAUAAUUGAAAAUUUUAAUCUCCGCAAUACGUAAUUGAUGGAUGUCGCUCUAAAUUAUUAGACGAUUAUGUUUUGUAUCUAUUUCGACUAACGGACAACCAUCACACAAUAUUUUAAUUUCCAUUUUCUGACAACUCAUGGCGCACUCCUAUAUUUAGCAAGCUAAUAAAUUGUAAAAAACAUUGUUGCAAUAA